UUUUCCCCUUCCCCCCCCCCUCCCCCUUCCCUUCCCCUUCCCGCCGCCGCCGCCGCCAUGGAGCUCAUCACCAUCCUGGAGAAGACGGUCUCCCCGGACCGCACCGAGCUCGAGGCGGCGCAGAAGUUCCUGGAGCAGGCGGCCAUCGAGAACCUGCCAACCUUCCUGGUGGAGCUGUCCCGUGUCCUCGCCAACCCCGGGAACAGCCAGGUGGCCCGCGUGGCAGCCGGGCUGCAGAUCAAGAACUCCCUGACCUCCAAGGACCCUGACAUCAAGGCCCAGUACCAGCAGAGAUGGUUGGCCAUCGACGCCAGCGCCCGCAGGGAGGUCAAGAACUAUGUUUUGCAGACACUGGGGACAGAGACCUACAGGCCCAGCUCAGCCUCCCAGUGCGUGGCCGGCAUCGCCUGCGCAGAGAUCCCCAUGAACCAGUGGCCAGAGCUCAUCCCCCAGUUGGUGGCCAAUGUCACCAACCAGCACAGCACAGAGCACAUGAAAGAGUCCACGUUGGAGGCCAUUGGGUACAUCUGUCAGGACAUUGAUCCAGAGCAGCUUCAGGACAAAUCCAAUGAGAUCCUGACAGCCAUCAUCCAGGGAAUGAGAAAGGAAGAGCCCAGCAACAAUGUGAAGCUAGCAGCUACCAAUGCACUCCUGAACUCUUUGGAAUUCACCAAAGCAAACUUUGACAAAGAGUCUGAAAGGCACUUUAUUAUGCAAGUAGUUUGUGAAGCAACACAGUGUCCAGAUACAAGGGUACGAGUGGCUGCCUUACAGAACCUGGUGAAGAUCAUGUCCCUCUACUACCAGUACAUGGAGACCUACAUGGGCCCUGCCCUCUUUGCUAUAACUAUUGAAGCAAUGAAAAGUGACAUAGAUGAGGUGGCUCUACAAGGGAUAGAGUUCUGGUCCAAUGUCUGCGACGAGGAGAUGGACCUGGCCAUUGAGGCCUCUGAGGCAGCAGAGCAAGGGAGGCCUCCAGAGCACACGAGCAAGUUUUAUGCCAAGGGAGCACUACAGUAUUUGGUCCCAAUUCUGACACAAACAUUAACAAAACAGGAUGAAAAUGAUGAUGAUGAUGACUGGAACCCCUGCAAAGCUGCAGGAGUCUGCCUGAUGCUCCUGGCCACCUGCUGUGAAGAUGACAUUGUUCCCCAUGUCCUGCCCUUUAUUAAAGAACACAUUAAAAACCCAGACUGGCGAUACAGAGAUGCAGCUGUGAUGGCUUUUGGGGGCAUUUUGGAAGGACCAGAGCCUAACCAGCUCAAACCACUAGUCAUACAGGCAAUGCCAACUUUAAUAGAGCUAAUGAAGGACCCCAGUGUGGUGGUGCGGGACACGACGGCCUGGACAGUGGGCAGGAUCUGUGAGAUGCUGCCUGAAGCUGCCAUCAAUGACAUUUACCUCGCCCCCCUGCUGCAGUGUCUGAUGGAGGGCCUGAGUGCUGAGCCCAGGGUGGCCUCCAACGUCUGCUGGGCCUUCUCUAGUCUUGCUGAAGCUGCCUAUGAAGCUGCAGAUGUGGCUGAUGAUCAGGAAGAACCAGCAACCUACUGCUUAUCCUCCUCGUUUGAGCUAAUAGUCCAGAAACUUCUGGAGACUGCAGAUAGGCCUGAUGGACACCAGAAUAACUUGAGGAGUUCUGCAUAUGAGUCUCUGAUGGAAAUAGUGAAAAACAGUGCCAAGGACUGUUACCCUGCUGUCCAGAAGACAACUCUGGUCAUCAUGGAACGACUUCAGCAAGUGCUGCAGAUGGAGUCACAUAUCCAGAGCACUUCAGACAGAAUCCAGUUCAAUGAUCUUCAGUCUCUUCUUUGUGCUACUCUACAGAACGUCCUGCGGAAGGUGCAGCACCAGGAUGCGCUGCAGAUCUCCGACGUGGUGAUGGCCUCUCUGCUGAGGAUGUUCCAGAGCACAGCAGGCUCAGGGGGUGUGCAGGAGGAUGCCCUGAUGGCAGUCAGCACCCUGAUUGAAGUCCUAGGUGGAGAGUUUCUGAAGUACAUGGAUGCCUUCAAACCCUUCCUUGGCAUUGGACUGAAGAACUAUGCUGAGUACCAGGUCUGUCUGGCUGCAGUGGGCCUGGUUGGUGACUUGUGCAGAGCCCUGCAAUCCAACAUCUUGCCUUUUUGUGAUGAGGUUAUGCAGCUGCUCUUGGAGAACUUGGGGAAUGAAAAUGUCCAUAGGUCUGUGAAGCCCCAGAUCCUCUCAGUGUUUGGAGAUAUUGCCCUGGCCAUUGGAGGGGAGUUCAAGAAGUACCUGGACGUUGUGCUCAACACCCUCCAGCAGGCUUCCCAAGCACAGGUUGAUAAGUCUGACUAUGACAUGGUGGAUUACCUGAACGAGCUGAGGGAGGGCUGCCUGGAGGCCUACACUGGCAUCAUCCAGGGCCUGAAGGGAGACCAGGAAAACGUGCACCCGGAUGUGAUGCUGGUGCAGCCCAGGGUAGAAUUUAUCUUGUCCUACAUUGACCACAUUGCUGGAGACGAGGAUCACACCGACGGGGUGGUGGCUUGUGCUGCUGGACUGAUAGGGGAUUUGUGUACAGCAUUUGGGAAAGAUGUACUGAAAUUAGUAGAAGGUAGACCCAUGAUACAUGAACUGCUAACUGAAGGAAGAAGAUCCAAGACGAACAAAACAAAAACCCUUGCUACCUGGGCGACUAAAGAACUGAGAAAACUGAAGAACCAAGCUUGACCUGUUACCAUUGGGAUGACACCUGAGAACCCCCACUGGAAAUCUCCAAUCUUUUGAAAAAAACAAAACAAAACAAAACAACCAACAAAACCAACCAAACCAACCAACCUGGAAGUGAGGAGUGUGCACGGAUGCUGAAUGUUUGGGAAUGAGAGGAUGAGUGAGUGAGGCUUGAAACACACCACCUUGAAAAUCCCGCCGCGGGCAGCGAGCCCAGCACGGACUUGGUGGAAAACCUGGAAAACCUGGCACCUUGGGAAGAGGGAAGGACCCGUUUUGUGUCCUAGUCAUGAGUCUCUUCUUCCAACAGACCAGGACUGGCUUCUCCGUGGUGGCCGGCACUGAAGGGAGAACCGAGGAGAAGGAAAACUUGGGAGGAGAAGGAAAACGGGGUUUGGUGCUUUUUGAGGUCUGGCUUGGGCUGCUGGAGAGAGAGAGAGAGAGAAUGAGCUGGAGCCUGGAUCUGCAGCCAUAAAUGGAGAGAAGGGUGAAGGAUUUUCAGUCUAGGAGUGAGUGUGUGUGAAUGAGCUGGUAUCCACAUUCUCAACUUCGAGUCAUUGCAGUUUAUCUUUUUCCCAAGAGAAACAAAAAAGGGGUUAGUUGUUGCAUUUCAUCAAACUAACUGAAGUUCAGUCUACUGAUGCAGCGUAAGAGAUGUAAAGCAAAAAAUACAUGAAAAAGGAAAAAAAAAAAAAAAAGAGAAAAAACAAAUGACAAAAAAAAAAAAAAAGCAGAGGAAAGUUGCUCUUUAGGGCUUUUUAUUUUAGGGAAACACUGACGAAUGUUCAGAGCUCCCGUUCUGAGACGCUUUUCAUGAUCUUGUUUCAUCAAAGCGCCUUUUCUUCCUUCAUAUUGUUCAACUGUGAAUGUAGAAAUGGGGGAAAAAAAAACCACAAAAAGCCCCUCUCGAGUCAAUGGGGAAAAAAAAAAUAAACCCCACCAAAAAAAAAAAAACAACAAACCAACCAAACCAACCCCCUCUGGCGUCAGGGGGAGCAGAAAGAAAUUGUCCAACGGGAUUUCAGGCUUAAAAACCACCACAACUAUCCAUGUGAAAAGUGCUCUGAAUUGGCAGUGAGAAGGCAAAGGGAAAAGAGAAAAAGAUCUCUCCUGACUUGUACUGUAGCAGCCCGAACAUCCACCCCCCCCAAAAUAAAAAAACAAAAAAAAAAUUGUGCCAAAGAGUUGAAAAACAAAAGACAAAAAACUUCAGGUAAACAUUUUGGAUUGCAAAAAAAUAAAAUAAAAAAUAAAGAAGGAGGAAAAAGAGGGAAAAAAAAGAAAAAAGAGGAGAAAUUCAAUGUUGAAACAAAAUCUGAUAAAAUGCCAUUUGGAAACUGCUUGGCCUUUUGUGCUCUUUAUUUGAUCCGAUUUAAUGUGGAAUCUUGGUCUCUUGCUGCACUUCAAAAAAAAAAAUCCACAAAAAACAAAACAAAACAGAAAAAAAGGAAAAAAAAAAAAAGAAAUUUAUAUAAAAUAUAUAUAUACUGACUUGAGCUACACGAGACGGCACUUGUAAAAGGUUCUAUUUUUCCACUGCAGUUGAAGAUUAAUAAAAUGGUGUCAAACAUUCCCCAAUA